AUGUAUAUCCAGCACAGACUAUUUCGCGCUAAAAUCGAUAGCACAAGUUAUGGAUUGCUAUUAAAAAACCUGUGUGUUACUCGGUGGUUUGCUCGCUACGAAUCCAUUAAUGCUAUUUAUCAAUCAUUUAAAGAAUUAGUAAAAUGUCUUGAAGAACUAAAAGAUGAUUCAGAUAAAGAUACAAGGGAAGCAGCCAAAUCAUUGUUGAAAAAGCCGACAUCCUAUGAAUUCUAUGUUUUAAUGUCAUUUUUACGGCAGCUGCUUGCCACAACAAAUGCCACAACAGCUGAAUUACAAAAAGAAGAGCUGAAUGUGAUAACAGCCACCGAAAUGAUUGCAUCGUUAGCGAAACUAUUGCAAAAAACUCGUAACGAUGACUUAGCUUUACAAGGAAUUAUUCAAUUAGCAGAAAAGGAAAUAGCAUCCUUUGGCACUGAUAUUGAGUGUGAAUUUGAUCGUUUACAUCGUACACGUUUACGCUCGUGUCGCACUUAUGCCAACAAUACAUCAGCUUACGCAUUUACUAGUGAACAAUUUUAUACAACCUUGUUUCGUACAAUUCUUGAUCAUUUACAUGGUCAAUACAAUGAGUAUUUUGAAAUACUCAAUUCAACAUUAAAAUCGUUCAGACAUAUAUCACCACCAACAAUCGAAAACUUUAGUCAAACAGAAGCCGAUGAACUAACGGCAUUGAUAUCUGGAAUAGAUGAUUCACUGUUGUUGUUUCAAGAAUUUCAACAGCUAACACCAGAAAUUAAAGAAUGUACUGAUAUGAGAGCAGUAGCAAAAAUGUUAAAAAGCGUUCAUUUACGUUAUCCACGUCUUGCUCGUGUGUAUGAAUUUAUGUUAACGUU